UACAUUUUGCGUUUGCCCUACUUUUGGCGGUAGUUUGUUACGGAGGUAUAGGGAGCGACAGAUUUAGAUUGAACAAAAACAUGGAGGACAUCUUCAAUGCAAAACUUGACAAGGUCAAGAAUGUACACACAUUUUGGUGGUGGUGCGAGAAAUUUAUGCUUCCUGGUUUGUACAGUGCCCCAUGGUACAAUGGACAACCAUUUGAAGAGGAAGAUUUCUUCUCAAAUAAGAGGGCGUUUAUUGUCGGCCUUCCCCGACUACGGCAGCUGCGUAUAAAACCAGAGCCAUGUCUUACUUGGUCUGCUUAUCCAGAGUUUAAACGUUGGUUUCCUCGAUGUUAUCAUGAGUACCAAGGCAGCAACCUUGAUGAAGGCCAUUCAAGCCUGGAGUUAAUUGAUGUCUCGCCAUUUUAUGCCGAUAUCGGAACUGGCAGCAACAGCGGUUACACUGAUAUUAGCAACAGUAUUAAUGGUAGCAGUUACACCAAUGAAAGCAUCCAAGAAAUAUUUUCCAUCGUGCCAAUCACGUGUGACCACACCGUCAAAUUCCAGGAUGCAAUGUCCUUAGGCACUUUACCUAUUAUCACAGCAUUCGGCACUUAUUACGGUGGCGGACUUGUAGCAGAGUUAGGAUAUGAAAAUGAGACUGCCUGGAAGGUCAUUGCCAACCUUAUUGCUGACAACUGGAUUAACAGACGGACAGUUAUUGUGUUGUUUGAGUUCGUUACAUUUGAGCCCGCGACAAAUCUGUUCGCUUUUACUCGUUAUUCUUUCGAGUGGUUACCUACGGGAGGCAUGGAAAUAUCUUAUCGUAUUGACCCCAUUUCGUUUUCCCGCAGCACCAGUUCACACACCGGCUCAGUUUUUAUUGCAUGUUACGUAAUCAUUGUUUUAAUACUCGUAUACUCUAUAUACAUAGAAAUACGCGAAAUGCGUCAGACGGGCUGGGCUUACUUGAGGGACAUAUGGAGUUUUCACGAGUGGACAUUGAUAUGCCUCACACUUACAACUAUGGUGAUAUUCUUCUUCAAAGCCGAACAAACCAGAAAACUCGUCGCGAAAGUUCAUGAAAAUCCUUAUGGCCGGAUGAGUUUUGAUUAUGUUGCGUUAUGGACAGACGUUGAAAAUAUGGUUAUUUCCAUGGUUACCUUUCUGUCCACACUGAAGUUCCUUCGCAUCUUGAAGUUCAAUAAGCAUAUCUCCCAGUUGGCGAAAAGCAUAAAUGUAUCCCGAGGUCCUAUGACAUCGUAUUCACUUGUAUUCCUUGUGGCUCUUCUGGCAUUUGCCGUCAUAGGUAACAUGCUGUUUGGACGUUCAGCGUACAUGUUUUCUACAUUCACGAGGUCAUUGGUGAACGUCUGCGAGAUGAUACUUGGCAAAGGAACUAAUUAUGACGAGCUGGAAGCCAUAAACCGUUUUCUCGGGCCGUUCUUCAUGUUUUUUUAUUUUUCCGGUAUGACUGUUUUCAUGAUGAACUUCUUUGUGGCCAUACUGAACGACUCCUUCACAGACGCAAGAGAAAUCUUGGAAGAAAACCCAACCGAGGACAGCGAAAUGUCCGAUUUUAUCGGAGAAUAUGCCAAGGCCAUGCUGAGGGAAAUAUCAAAAGAGUUAGGAGGAAGCGGUGGAAAAAGUGUAAAAUAUGCUACAAAUGAAGACAAAUUCGUAUCGUACAGUAAAGAAGCGAAAGAACGGGACUUUUUCUUGUACUAAUGUGGUCUGUUUGGCUGCAAUAGGACGCAACUGGGUCACUGUUGUGAAGGUCUUAAUGGAGUUGUGACGCUUACAGCUAACAUUUAAACUUUGUAGCUUUUUACGCCUUCAGGUUCAGUUUUUGGGCCGCCUUACGUCUAACGGUUGAGUUCUCACGAUGACGGUUAGAUUUUUCAGUUUUUUUACCGCUAACGGUUAAACCCCAAUGAGAUCUUCUAUUUGAAACUAUAUAAGCGUUUAAGCAGAACCUUACCUACUUCCUUAUCUUACUCUUGAUCGAUACAUUGAAACAUAGAAAAAUGUCGUACUUAAAACGCAUGCCGAUGUUGUCACAAAUAGUUUAGUGCAUUUGGAAAAAGUUAAAGUUUUGUGCUUUACCGUUGUAAAAAUAAUAAUAGUAAUAAUGAUAAUGAAAAAAGAAGUUUAAUUCCACCAUAAUCGCUGUUAAUCUGAAGUACAAUGUGGUUACAAAUUUACAACUAUAAGAAUCACAUACUAUUAAUCAAUAAGGGACUGGAUUACAAUAGAUUUUGUAUUAAAAUUACAAAUAGAAGUUAAAAUAUAUAUGUAGGUAUAGGGUCUAAAAGUCUAUUGAUUUCUGAAAGCUAAACUAGUACUUGGAAAAAACUACGGCGCUAUCUUUCAGUCCUGAAUUUAGUUAAUGUAUAUUUGUUAGCGCAUCUCGUUUGAUAGUGAUGCAUGCAAUGUCUCGUCAUUGGGAGAUAUUUAAUCGAUGUCCUCCUUUUGAGAUCUUUUCAAGAGUUUUAACAGAGUUCACUACGUCUCUCGUCUAAUGUUCUUAAAUUUAGGAAUUGAAGGGCUUCUGAGUAGGAAUACACAGGUACCAUGAUUUGUACUUCAUAAAGGUUACGUUGUAAGAAGUGCUGAAGAGACUGGUACUUUGCAUUUAUCUUCCUUGCGAGCUGAUUCACUCCUGUUUUGAGAUUGCACCUGGCUCAGU